AUGACGAUGAUGAUGAUGAUGAUGAUGAUGAUGAUGAUGAUGAUGAUGAUGAUGAUGAUGAUGAUGAUGAUGAUGAUGAUGAUGAUGAUGAUGAUGAUGAUGAUGAUGAUGAUGAUGAUGAUGAUGAUGAUGAUGAUGAUGAUGAUGAUGAUGAUGAUGAUGAUGAUGAUGAUGAUGAUGAUGAUGAUGAUGAUGAUGAUGAUGAUGAUGAUGAUGAUGAUGAUGAUGAUGAUGAUGAUGAUGAUGAUGAUGAUGAUGAUGAUGAUGAUGAUGAUGAUGAUGAUGAUGAUGAUGAUGAUGAUGAUGAUGAUGAUGAUGAUGAUGAUGAUGAUGAUGAUGAUGAUGAUGAUGAUGAUGAUGAUGAUGAUGAUGAUGAUGAUGAUGAUGAUGAUGAUGAUGAUGAUGAUGAUGAUGAUGAUGAUGAUGAUGAUGAUGAUGAUGAUGAUGAUGAUGAUGAUGAUGAUGAUGAUGAUGAUGAUGAUGAUGAUGAUGAUGAUGAUGAUGAUGAUGAUGAUGAUGAUGAUGAUGAUGAUGAUGAUGAUGAUGAUGAUGAUGAUGAUGAUGAUGAUGAUGAUGAUGAUGAUGAUGAUGAUGAUGAUGAUGAUGAUGAUGAUGAUGAUGAUGAUGAUGAUGAUGAUGAUGAUGAUGAUGAUGAUGAUGAUGAUGAUGAUGAUGAUGAUGAUGAUGAUGAUGAUGAUGAUGAUGAUGAUGAUGAUGAUGAUGAUGAUGAUGAUGAUGAUGAUGAUGAUGAUGAUGAUGAUGAUGAUGAUGAUGAUGAUGAUGAUGAUGAUGAUGAUGAUGAUGAUGAUGAUGAUGAUGAUGAUGAUGAUGAUGAUGAUGAUGAUGAUGAUGAUGAUGAUGAUGAUGAUGAUGAUGAUGAUGAUGAUGAUGAUGAUGAUGAUGAUGAUGAUGAUGAUGAUGAUGAUGAUGAUGAUGAUGAUGAUGAUGAUGAUGAUGAUGAUGAUGAUGAUGAUGAUGAUGAUGAUGAUGAUGAUGAUGAUGAUGAUGAUGAUGAUGAUGAUGAUGAUGAUGAUGAUGAUGAUGAUGAUGAUGAUGAUGAUGAUGAUGAUGAUGAUGAUGAUGAUGAUGAUGAUGAUGAUGAUGAUGAUGAUGAUGAUGAUGAUGAUGAUGAUGAUGAUGAUGAUGAUGAUGAUGAUGAUGAUGAUGAUGAUGAUGAUGAUGAUGAUGAUGAUGAUGAUGAUGAUGAUGAUGAUGAUGAUGAUGAUGAUGAUGAUGAUGAUGAUGAUGAUGAUGAUGAUGAUGAUGAUGAUGAUGAUGAUGAUGAUGAUGAUGAUGAUGAUGAUGAUGAUGAUGAUGAUGAUGAUGAUGAUGAUGAUGAUGAUGAUGAUGAUGAUGAUGAUGAUGAUGAUGAUGAUGAUGAUGAUGAUGAUGAUGAUGAUGAUGAUGAUGAUGAUGAUGAUGAUGAUGAUGAUGAUGAUGAUGAUGAUGAUGAUGAUGAUGAUGAUGAUGAUGAUGAUGAUGAUGAUGAUGAUGAUGAUGAUGAUGAUGAUGAUGAUGAUGAUGAUGAUGAUGAUGAUGAUGAUGAUGAUGAUGAUGAUGAUGAUGAUGAUGAUGAUGAUGAUGAUGAUGAUGAUGAUGAUGAUGAUGAUGAUGAUGAUGAUGAUGAUGAUGAUGAUGAUGAUGAUGAUGAUGAUGAUGAUGAUGAUGAUGAUGAUGAUGAUGAUGAUGAUGAUGAUGAUGAUGAUGAUGAUGAUGAUGAUGAUGAUGAUGAUGAUGAUGAUGAUGAUGAUGAUGAUGAUGAUGAUGAUGAUGAUGAUGAUGAUGAUGAUGAUGAUGAUGAUGAUGAUGAUGAUGAUGAUGAUGAUGAUGAUGAUGAUGAUGAUGAUGAUGAUGAUGAUGAUGAUGAUGAUGAUGAUGAUGAUGAUGAUGAUGAUGAUGAUGAUGAUGAUGAUGAUGAUGAUGAUGAUGAUGAUGAUGAUGAUGAUGAUGAUGAUGAUGAUGAUGAUGAUGAUGAUGAUGAUGAUGAUGAUGAUGAUGAUGAUGAUGAUGAUGAUGAUGAUGAUGAUGAUGAUGAUGAUGAUGAUGAUGAUGAUGAUGAUGAUGAUGAUGAUGAUGAUGAUGAUGAUGAUGAUGAUGAUGAUGAUGAUGAUGAUGAUGAUGAUGAUGAUGAUGAUGAUGAUGAUGAUGAUGAUGAUGAUGAUGAUGAUGAUGAUGAUGAUGAUGAUGAUGAUGAUGAUGAUGAUGAUGAUGAUGAUGAUGAUGAUGAUGAUGAUGAUGAUGAUGAUGAUGAUGAUGAUGAUGAUGAUGAUGAUGAUGAUGAUGAUGAUGAUGAUGAUGAUGAUGAUGAUGAUGAUGAUGAUGAUGAUGAUGAUGAUGAUGAUGAUUAUGAUGAUGAUGAUGGUCAAUGCCAAAUAUAACAAAUUCAUAAAAUUGAUUGUUUAUUUUUUUUAUAUAGAUGGAAUCAAUGAAAAACUUUCAGUGAAAUCACUAUCAAUUAAUCAAUAUGUGGAUUAUAUUAUCGAUCUUAUAAGCCUAAUGAAAUCACAACGUACCUACAUUAAUCAAUAUAAUACCGAUUUGUUAGCACAUCAGUUUCUUUUAGAAAUUAUCAAGGAGAUUUACAUUGCACCAGAAACAAGUUAUCCAUCUCCAGUUGAUGCAUUCAAAAGAUAA